AUGUCAAGACCAGGCCUUAGGCCGAAUUCCAGUCAGCAGGAGAUGCAGUCAAUCCAGCAAAAUCAGAGUACGAGUGAUGGAGAUGCUGUUCACGGCGGACGAAAAGAAGGCGACAAUAAUACAGAAACUCAAUUAGCAGUAAUGCAUCUUCAGAAAUUGUUUGAUGAGUUCAUAAUUUCAAAACCAAAACUGAAUGAAUAUGAAAGAGAUACAAAACUGUAUCAUAUGUUGCCACUGUAUUGCAACGUAUUCAAGAAAGUAAAUGAUGUAAAAGAUGCUAUUCUGAAAGAUACAUCGAUAAGUAAUAGAAACUGGGAAUUUCAAAACGUGCUUUGUUACGAGUUCAGCAACCUCUUAACAAGAGAAAUUAAGAAAAGGGCGUCUAACCAGAAUACGGAAAAGGCGUCGAAAGCCAUAGCGAAUUUCCUUAAACCUCGCAAUGCAGAUACUAACAAUGAAUCAGGUAGCGGUUGGCUUUUGCUAACGGCAAUCAGCUUAAUUGCCAACCGUAACUGGGACACUUCACUGCAUGAGAUCAUGAUCAAUGCGUCGCUUCCAUCAACAUUGGUUCGUUGCAUAUAUUUAUUUUUGGAUCUUCCCGAACAACAUUCGGAAUACUACACACUGCACGAUGAUUCAAACGGUCCAGAAUUAGAGAGUAGUCUACUAUUGUUCAACUGUAUUUCUCAGAUUUUAAUUGAACUUUGCAGUUAUCCAUUAGCUGCCGAAGAAUUAAUUCGCAUGGAUGAUUUAACAUUGUUAUUCUCUACUGUGACCACACAAUACACACCGUGCAACACUAAAUGGCGUUCACUGGCGCGUAAUGUACUUCUCGUCAUUGGGCGACAUGGUUUGAAUGCAACUAUAUUGGAAUAUGUGCAUGGUAAAGGAUGCAUUGCGCUUUCUGUUGACAACAUGCAACGUUCGAUGAUAUUAGUACCUGCAGAUACAGUAGAAAUCUUACAGUCGAUUUGUACUUUCCUGCAUCAUUCUGCAGAUGUUUCGCAAAUAUUACUGAACGAUUUUAAGCAGUGCCAUGGAUAUCAAUUUUUGACAGACUUUUUGAUUGGAUUGGAUCAAGAUAAGAAAAACGUAAAAGUCGACCGUGAUAUAUGUAUAGAGAAAGUUUUGUCUACACUGAUAUCCAUUAUUGUAUCACUGUGUAGUUGUAGUUAUUUGGAUUCUACUCAGCUCUCUUCAUGGCAGGACGAUUCAGUGACACAACGCGUGCUUCAUGGGUUCCGUAUGCCAAAGGUACCCUCGAAGAAGUCGUGUGUGCGAAAUGUCAACGCUUUCCAGGUUUUACAAACAUCAUUCCUUCGUUCGACGAACGAUCUGUUGUGCUGCAUAAUUUUGGAUGCAAUAAUGCAGAUUUACCAGAACGAUGACGCAAACUAUUUCAUAUUGGAAUCACAGAACACAAUUAACUGCUUUGCAGAGAAAAUACACAAGAAAAAUGAUCCAGUUCAGACAAAAUUUUUCGAGCUAAUCGAAUUCAUCGUGUAUAGUAUAAACUUUUUUCCGCCAAGAGAACUAAUUACACUUUCAGUUCUUUUGAAAAGUAAUAACAUGAUUGCAACCAGCAUAAAAAGCAUCCGUACAUUGCUGAAUAUUCUACGGCAUAACAGUGCUUUUAUCGAUGUUUUUCGGGAGGUCGGUAUUUUGGAAGUAUUCGUAAUAUGCAUGAAGCGGUAUAAAGAUUUUUUGGAAAUGAGCAUCGAUAUGAAAACUUUACAACUUCAAGCCGAUCAGGAAAAAAAUGAAGCAACCCAGGUGGCAUCUGACGAAGAAGAUAUACUUGGGUGCCUCGUCCUUGAAGCGCUUGGGCAGCUAAUUACUGGAAACGCUAGCAAUACGGCCGUUUUUAAAAGUAGUGGUGGCAGCAAAUGCAUCUAUGAUUUAAUCAAAUUUAAUCGCUGGAAAAAUGAAAUUUUAAAAAUCGUAAGAGAAUUAGUAUCGACUGUUGGAGGCGAGGACGACAUGCUCAAUCUAUUAAAGACGAUUAAUGCAUUCUCAGAGUUCUCUAAAACGUCUAUUACUAUACGCAUCAAUGUGCUACAACUAGUAAUAGAGUGCCUCAAAGAUAGUCAUCGAACGAGGGCUCAUUUCAGAAAGGUUGGAGGAUUUAUCUACGUUUUAAACGCGUUGGAGUUGUUGAAAGACCGAUUUGUUACCAAAAAUUCGCUAGAUGAACCUGCGAAAGAGAAUGUAUGGCUACUUCGAGCAGUAUGCCAGACUCUGACCGCUGCCAUGCGUUUCGAGCCAGCAAAUGCAAAGUACUUCCAAAACGAGAUAGCUGAAACCCUAUUCUAUCAAACCAUUCGAGAUUUAGGUUGUUUUUCAAACAACAUUACAUUUAAACCUCAUGCUCAAAAUGCCGAUUGCGGUGCUAACCAUGCUGGUUGUACUAGUGGAAUGAAUAAUGCAAAUAUCGACAGUCAUCUACUACUGGCCUACAAAGUUAUUUUUGCGAAAAAUAUUACAGAAAGUUGCAACGAUGCCAUGCAAAGUGAGGAGCCUGUUGAAAUUGGAGCAAGCCUGCCAAGUAUUCUAAAAUCCAUCUGCAUCAUUUAUCGUGUUUUGUAUGAUGUUGUACUAGACGGGUUUGACAAACGUCAGCCGUGUGAGCUACAACAAUAUUCACAGUUUAAAUAUUGUGCAAGCAAGACGGUAAAUGUUGAAACACCGAUAUCUAUCGCCUCAAAUAAGAAAGUAAUCAUCCACGAAAUGGCACCAACGAUCACAUCAGUAUCAAAGGAUUUAUCAACCGAUUAUCUUAUAGUUCAUCCGAGUGUUAUCAUAUGUAUGUUGAAGUUGCUGCCUUCGAUAGAAGAACCAUGCCUAAGCGAUGAUUGUAACGCUACGGUACGAUGGAAAUCUUCAAGCUGCAACACUGUAACAUUGCAGUACUUCUUAGCCGAAGUUAUAAAAUCGUUGGUUCGAAGUGAAAGAAAUCAGCAGAUUAUGUGCGACCACGAGUUCAACCAUUGUUUACUGAAUAUUUCAAGAGAAGUUUUUAUCGAUGAGCAGCAUCCAUUACAUACAUCGUUGGAGUAUAUUUUUGAACGUCUUGCCGUACAGGCACUGAUGCCUAACACUUUACGAACGUUUCUUCGAUUGAAUUUACCAUCUAGAAACGAACCACUGAAUGAAAAUUUACGCAAAAUGGCAGCUAAUCCGGUUCCAUUAACACGUGUGAAAACUCUUGUUUCUAUCACAACACCCCGUGAUUUCCGUUUACAUGGUCCUACAACGCCACCUUCAUUCGUAGAGAUGGAUAUGUCUACUGAAGGAUUUGCUUGUUUAUUCUUUCCCAAUAUUGCCCCAAAUCAAGUGGGUACAGUUCAUAGUUCACCACAACGGCAUCACAAUGAUUUGGGUAGAAUUAAAAUGGUAAACGCCGAUCGAAUGAAAAGUAGACGUAUUGACAAUGACACGGGCAUCAAUGGACUGACGAGUGGAUCAUCAAACGCUCCACCCGAUAUAAGCAAUGUUGGAGGUGUUGGAUCUGGAGAUCGGUCAUUCCCAGCAAUAAAUGGACUAACGUUUAGUUCAUGGUUUUGUAUUGAGAGCUAUCCAUCACGUGAGGACAAUCACCCGAUAAGAUUGCUACAUAUUAUACGCACCGCCGAUGGAACUCAAGAGAAUGAUAUGGUGGUGUUUGGCGUUCUCAUACUUGCCCCUGAUAAAUCACUGUUAGUUACAACACAAGAAACUCCGUUCACACAAGAUAACUACAAUUACUUCAACAAAGAGUUGUUAUCACCUGUUUCGUGUUCUGCAAUCAUCCAGGAAUGUCAGUGGCAUCAUGUUGUCGUAACAGUAAACAAAGUGUUUUCAAAAUCGUCAAUGCUUUCGGUUUAUUUUGAUGGCCGACUUAUACACACCCAAAAGACAUAUCCAAUCGUGAAAGGACCGACUGUAGACAAAAAUGUUGGAAGUUCUCUUCAUGCCUUUAUAGGAACACCACCAUUAUGGAGACAAUAUUCAAAGCUAAUUUGGAAACAAGGUGUCUGUCAUCUUAUCGAUGAUACUUUUGAUGCGUCAACCGUUUCACGUGUUUAUAAACUGGGUCCACAUUAUGUUGGGUCCUUCCAAGAUACUCGCCUAAAAGACAGUGAAGACAUCCAUUCUUUAAUUUUAGAGAAUCGGGUGGCAUUCGGCGUUAACCCGAAAGCAUAUUCUCACAUGACGCUAUUAAAGAUACGGAAGGUGUAUAAUCGAACAGACGCGAAGACAAUCGGAAAACAGCUUGGCAUGAGUUCACAUGAAAAUGCCACGCCCAUCUUAAUAUUGCACAACUCUGCUGUUCAUCUAACCGGCCCAGCACGUACAUUAGGAGGUGUACUUAUCGGUUACUUAGGUAUUCGAAAAUUCAAUCCCUUUCCUGUGUCGAUGACACUGAAUACGAUUGGUGGGUGUAGUGUACUGCUUGGUUUGGUUGCAAUGUCACAAGAUGUGGAAAGUCUAUAUGCCGCUAUUAAGGCAAUGACGUGCAUAUUAAAGACAAAUGAAGCUGCUCGUGAAGAAAUGAACAACUAUCGUUACUACCAAACACUGGGGAUGUUGUUCAAGCGUAAAAAGUAUCUGCUCAAUUCCCACAUUCUUCAUCUUACGUUCAAUAUCGUUGGUACUGUACAUACUGGAUACGAAAAUUCAUCAAUACCAAAUAUAACAGCAUUCCAAGACUUGCUGUGCGAUUUCGACAUUUGGCUAGACAAAUCAAAUGAUUUGAUACGUUCUCUACUGGAACAUCUGUUGGAAUUGGUAGUAGAGUCAAAUGCUAAAACGACCAACAUUCGUAUCCUCCAGGAUCUUCAGUGCCUGUCGAAAUUACUUUUUGUAAUUGAAUACAUCUCAGAAGAGAAUGCUCUGAAAGCCGGGUCUUCUUUAUUGCGUGUUUUACUUGGUCAUCAUUUGAAGUCUAACGAACUUUUGUUGUUUGGCCAGUACGUCAUCAAUUGCAUUCCUGAGCAGCAUCAUCUGAAAUGUGACACAAGCCAGCGUGAACAGCUACCUAAUCGUUUUCUGAGAAUAUUGCACGACCUUCAUUUCAACUCCAAUAACACCGUUAAUUUACGGCUAUGCGAAGAAGUCACUCGAGUACUAGGACUUGAUUGGAUACUGCUAUUGAUGCAACCUCAGCUUGAUAGCUCUACGAUGAUAUGGGCAAUGCGUAUAUUAGUGGUGCAUUUAUCCACGGAGACAAUACGGGCACGAUUUCGUGAUAGAACAAAACACUCAGAGAAUGAGGGUUACUUGAAAAAUACAGGCAUGGUUACAAAGUCACGCAAUGCCAUUCUGUUACCGUCAACUAUUCGUCAAUCUGAGGAUGGUCUUUCAAGUUCUGUCGCAUCUACAGAAGCUUCUCAUAAAAAUGAUACCCCAGAAAUUGUUAUGCAACAAACAUCAAUCUUAAUGGGAUUUCCUUAUCUUGAAUGGUUGCUCCUUCAUCGAAGUGAUAUUCCUGAGGUUUAUUCGUUGUUGAUUGCAUUGAUCGUGGGACAUCCUGUCAAAUCAACGAUACUUCCAUCAAAAUGUCAAAGUCUCGAAGCAAUAUGGUCGUUCAUUUGGACAUCGCGUGAAGUUGGUACAAUCGAAACAAAUGUAUCUCAAACAAGAAUAAUUCCAUUUUGUUCAGAAGCUAUAUGCAUAAUACUAAGUUUAAUAAGAAAGAUACUGCAUAACAAUCAGGCUGGUAAAAUCUGGGAUGAUUGUGAAACGUACGAUUCGCCUAAAACAUGGCUUCAAUCUUAUUCGGUUGACAUCGUAAAACUACUAAUGUCGUUAUAUAGACAUUUGCCCGAUUUCGCAUCAAUUGCUAUGAGCCCGAAUGUGAUAGCUUCGCUCAUAUCUACAUUGUAUGCUCCUUCUUUUGCCAUCAAACCAACGUUGUCUCCUACAUCUUCAUCGACAUCUUUUUCAGUUAUGGAAAAAGAAACAAUAAGUUCAGAUGGCGAUCAAUUACUUUCGAAUGAACACCCAACGUCGUCAAAAUCUUUAGAAUAUAGUCCAGAUGAUAGUCCAUGCUUAAAAGAAAUCAGAGAGCUAACAAUGGAUUUUUUAUUAACACUAGUGGUGGACUCCUUACCAAUUGAAAGUACUGCAAAUAUUCCACCAGUCAUAGACUCAAUAUUAGAAUUAUGUUCUCCCUACAAUAACAUUAGUGAGGAACAACGAAAGCACUAUUUAUCUAAAAUCAUCCAUUUGCUAAUUCCACGCUUGCUAUCAUGCAAAAUAUUUGAACCACCGACAGUACUCAACAUAACACUGACUACAGUUCAAAGUGGACACGUGUUAGACAACGUGUUUUAUAUAACAGGAAGAAUAGUUGACAAACUAUGGCAACGUAUGCUUGACUUGGAUGGUCGCGAAGUUUUCGAUUACUGCGUAGGAAUGAUACUUCAAACUAAGCAAUGUGCCUCCAUUCCUGCUUUGAACAGAGUGGGAAGCACUAUUAGUAUCUACAGCAUUGGAUCACUAGAAUCAUUGUAUCGGUCGCUGAAUCGUUGCAUAUUGUAUCUAUUAGCAUAUCCUCCAGACCCCAAGGAUAAUACGUCGUUAGCGGAAGUACUUCAGCUAUUAAUUACCAAUCGUUUACUGGUUUUCGGUGCAUGCAAUCACGAUCCUGAUUUUAUUGGGUGCCUCACCUACUGCUUGUUACAGCUACACGAAGAUGAGCUAGGGGUAGACAAUGGUGCACAACGCAUUGCUCUUGUCGCUCCAAUCACACAUGCAAGUGGAAGUUCGUCAAUUUGGUACAUGGACGAUUUGCUCAAUAAGUGCGAUACGGUCGAUAAUGCCAAAGAAGUGGACUUUCCAUCAAGAGAACAGACUUCUGAUCUACAAUCGGUACUGACAAUGUUAUCUUUUAGAGUAUGGGAAGAAUUAUACAUAUGCAAGAAACCGGUAAUUGAAGAAAUAUUCAAAGUGACACUUAUUCAACCGGCACGAAAUGCAAGAGCACCGGAUAUGAAACGUACGAAACAACAAGUUUUUGAAAUGGCGUUGAAACAUUGGCUAGCAUAUUUGGCAGUGGAACGACGCACAGUAUCUCGAACACAGUAUGACGGUCCAAAUAACAUUCAAUCAAAGAUACAAAAAGUUACCGGCGGCUUAACACGUCUUACAAGUCGUGCCAAGUUAAAGAAAGAUAGCAAUCAAAAACGCCUGCGACCCGAUGACUUGGGAGAUGUUUUGAUUGAAAAGCUAAACUCUGUUAAGCUUACUUUGGUGCGGGAGUACUGGGACUUUCGAUUAACGCAACAUAAUUAUACUUGUGCGCACACAAAACGCUAUGUUUAUGAAGACUGGUUACAAACAGAAGGGGAACUUAUUCGAGAACGUGCCAUUUGGGGACCAGAGUGCAGUGAUAGUUUUACAAAGUGGGUUUUGGAUAAUACAGAAGGCCCUUACCGGAUGCGCAAAAAAAUGCUUAAAAAUGAGGUAUUUCACAUCCAUUACCCUCCGCGGGAAGCAUUGCAAACAAACGCUAGUAGUGAUCACCAACAGCAACGACAACUGAAAUGUCGCGUUGCUAUUAGCCAUGACAGCGCAAAAUACGCUGAUGUUAUGCGGCAGUAUCAAUGCAUGUUUUCUGAGCACUUUGAGCAUGAAGGCAACGUCAGCAAGGAAAGGUUGACAGGAAGUGAAGUCACCAAAAAUAAUUUGGAAUUUCCAAAAUCUCCACGGGAUGAGAAAGAUUUAGAAGGCGAUUGCUUAGAAAACGAAGAAGGCCUUUGUUCAUCACUACCAGACAAUCAAGCUUUGUUACGGCUUCUAGAAGAGAAUGAAAAGGUCUCGCACAUCUUCCGAUCAGCGCGAAUACAGGGUUUGGAUACAUUCGAGGGGCUAUUUUUAAUCGGUCGGCAAUGCUGUUACAUUGUUGACGGGUUCACAUUACUACGUAAUCGUGAAAUAAGAGAUAUUGAUACCUUACCUAAGGAGAAUUAUGAACCAAUCAUACCAUGUACUGCUCCAGCUGAAACUCAAACGUUUCGUAAUAUACGUCGUUGUUCAAAAAUAUUGUACGAAGAUAUCCGCGAGAUACAAAAGCGACGAUACCUGUUACAGCCAAUUGCACUGGAAAUGUUUUGCUGUGAUGGACAAAAUUAUUUAAUAAGUUUUCCGUGUAAGGUGCGCAACAAAGUUUUUCAAAAAUUAACAUCGAUGGCUACACAAAUCGCCGACAAAGCACAUCUAUCGGUAGCAGGGCAGAAACGCGCCGCAAAUGUAGAACAAUAUACAGGAUUGCUAAGUAGUCUAAUUGGAGAAAUUUCGGUAACGCAGCGAUGGGUGCAAGGAGAAAUAUCAAACUUUCAGUAUCUAAUGCAUUUGAAUUCUCUGGCUGGGCGUUCGUAUAACGACCUUAUGCAAUACCCAGUGUUUCCCUGGAUAUUGUCGAACUACGAUUCGGAUACUUUAAACCUCAACGAUGAAAACAAUUUUCGUGAUUUAUCAAAACCAAUGGGAGCACAAUCUCAAGAACGCCUUGAACAGUUCCAAAAACGAUUCAAAGAUUGGGAUGAUCCUCUAGGCGAGACACCACCCUACCACUAUGGUACGCAUUACAGUUCGGCCAUGAUUGUUUGUGCAUAUCUGGUCCGGUUAGAACCGUUUGCCCAACAUUUUCUACGGCUGCAGGGCGGACAUUUUGAUCUGGCUGAUCGAAUGUUCCACAGUAUCAAAGAAGCUUGGUACUCCGCAUCAAAACAAAACAUGGCGGACGUUAAGGAACUGAUACCAGAGUUUUUUUAUUUACCCGAGUUUUUAGAAAACUCUAACAGUUUUGACCUUGGUACAAAACAAAAUGGUGAAAUGUUGAACGAUGUAAUACUGCCGGUAUGGGCAAAAAACGACACAAGGGAGUUCAUAAGAAUGCAUCGCGAAGCCCUCGAAUGUGACUACGUCAGUCGCCAGCUUCAUUUGUGGAUUGACCUAAUUUUCGGAUACAAACAACAAGGCCAGGCAUCGGUUGAAGCUGUGAAUGUGUUUCAUCAUCUAUUCUAUGAAGGAAAUGUGGACAUAUAUAACAUUGACGACCCAUUGAAAAAAAAUGCUGCUAUAGGAUUCAUAAAUAAUUUUGGGCAAAUACCUAAACAGUUGUUCCGAAAAGCUCACCCCCCGAAAAGAAUGGCUCAAUCAAAAUAUGCGAAUAAACUGGGUAACGUAAGCCCUCUUAUACCACCGUUGUCAUCACUAGGAGGCAUGACUGCUAAUAAUAAUGAAAAAUUGUUCUUCUACCACCUCAAUGAUCUAACACCGAGUGCUCAACCUAUUAAAGAAGUUUCUGGUCCUGUUGGCCAAAUAGUUCAACAGGACAGGUGCAUAUUGGCUGUCGAACAAAAUAAAAUUCUUGUGCCAACUUCAUAUAAUCAAUACGUGGCGUGGGGUUUCGCUGAUCAUUCGAUACGCGUUGGUACUUAUGAUACCGAUAGAGUAAGUUUUGUAUGCGAAAACAUCCACCAAUGUGGCGAAAUACUUUCGUGUACAUCUCCUGGAGCAAAACAGCUUAUUCUAGGAGGAACGAGCUCGAUUCUUUUGGUUUGCAGUUUUGAUACGAAACGUAAGAAAAUAAUCCACAAGAAAUCACUCUUUGGCCACACAGAUGCAGUUACUGCACUGGCGUCAAGCACAGCCUACAAUAUUAUUGUAAGCGGAUCGCGCGAUCGAUCUGCGAUAAUAUGGGAUCUUUGUCGUUUAAGUUACGUUCGACAGCUAAACGGACAUGCUGGUGUUGUUGGCGCAGUUAGCAUUAAUGAAUUAACGGGCGACAUUGCUACUUGUUCUGGUACUCGUUUAUAUAUUUGGUCUAUCAACGGAGUGCAGUUAGCCGUAGUUAAUACUAGCACAGGUAGCUCCGACCGUAUGCAGCAAAUUCUAUGUACAUCAUUUUCUAGUACAAAAGAGUGGGAUACCCACAACGUUAUUAUAACUGGAUCUACUGACGGCGUAGUGAGGAUGUGGUCAAUGGAUUUUGUCGAAGAUACCAAAGGAACCAAAGAGAAUAAGGAUCAUAAAAUGACGAAGACAAAGCCGGGCGAUGACUUUUCGAACAGCACUCAGUAUUAUGGCACAGAUAAUAAUCGAUGGAACAGAAAGUUGCUGUUAAGGAAAGAAUUAACAACGCACACAGCAUAUGACCGAAAAAAUAACAGUGAACCAGCCAGUGUUACAGCACUUGCAAUAUCGAAAGAUCAUCAAUGUGUUUAUAUAGGUGAUGCUAGAGGCCGCAUUUUUGCUUGGACAGUAACCGAAUCAGUGUUAUCUCGCGGCGUGAAUAUGAUGAGCGGCCGUCUUGGAACGACAGAAGGCAUGGGAUCACUUUUGCACCAGUUUUCGAUGGAUCGCAAUGCUGAAUAACCAACACAAUUUUUAAAAGCAUAGCCUGAAAGAAACAUGCACAUUUUUGUUAAAACGAAAGCAAAUUACCGGACAUGCACAUAGUUGUUGCGUCAUAAGUCAUUCUAUUGUUAUUGUAAUGUUUCCAUAUAACACUGGUUGUACGAAUCCAUAGUUAAACGAUCAAGUAAGGUAAAUGUAAACUGUGUAAAUCUGAAAAUCGUACAUAUAGUAGUAUAGUAUAGUAGUUUUGUCAACAUAUGUUGUUUUCGUUAUUUUAUCGUAUGUAGAUUAUGUUUAAUGAUGUUAUUAAUAAAUUUAAUUUGAUAAACAAACUGAUCUUAUUAAUCUGAUCAACUCCGACUAGAUAAGUUUUCUUGGAGGUUGUGAAUCAGAACCAUCAGAUUUAAACAUUUACAAACAGAUUAUUUUCCAUAUUCACUGCCGCAGUGGUAUCGUUUCUCACCAUACUGGGGGGCUACAUGAGGUGUAAAAACUAGCGUAAAAGUAAUUUGCAAUGUCAAAUCGUUUACGCUUCGUGUGGCAGCAAAAAUACAAAAACGAAAUGUCAAACGUGUUUACGUUCGUGGUUUUCGUCCGAGAAAAUAGAAAUAGAAGAGAAAUAAAUUGAUUUCUAAAAAAAAUCUUUUUUUUUUUUUAGAUUUUGUUGCUAUACCAGCAAAUAAGAACUUAAAUUAUCCUUUGUUUGUAAGCAAAGCGUUUGCAAAAAGUAUUUACACUCGGGUUUACGCCUCGGCCAACCCGUAAACGUUUUGACAGAGGCGCAGCAGUUUGGCAUUAAUCUGUAAUGUCAAAAGCAUUACAUUACGCCUCAUGUAGCCCCCCCAGAUAGAUUUAAUCGCAAUAGUGUCAGUGAUGGAAAAGAUGCAGAAAAAGAGUAAGUGAUAGAAAGCUGGAAGUUAAAAGGGUAAUAUCGGGCGUAGUGUUUAAAGGGUUAGCUCUUAAAAAGGAUUGUUCAUACAAUGUCGACGUACGGUGACCCUUAAACUUACGUACUUACGGACGUACUUACCCCUUAAAUACGAAAUAACGGUUUUUAUUAAACCGUCUGUAUCCGACAUGCUUUAUCAAACAUGCCCUUUUUCAUUUCUUUCACUGUUUCCAUAACCCAGUAAGCUUUCGUUCCGUAAUCGUGUUUUUAAAAAAUGUUUAGUUUCAAUGUAAUGGAAAAGUUAUUGCUAGAUGUUAACAUAAGUGUCGUAGCGUAUUUUUAAAUAAUAAAAAUUGUAAUAAAAGUCUUGUAUAUUGGUUAUAUAUUUGUCUAUGUUUCACAGUUAACUGGGCUAGCAAUAUUAAAAGAAUCGUGUUGCGCGAAUUAUUGAACCACGUGUUAGCAUAAUUAGUCAUAAAUGUUAAAAUUCAGUUUGUAACCUUUUUUUUUCUAAAUUUAGCCUAAUCAUGUUGUUUUUAAACAAUGAUUGCAGUCAAAUAAGAUGUAUUUUAAAUAUCACAUAGACAACUGU